AAGGGUCGCUAUGACAGAGAUGAAGGCCAACGGGGACCCCCGAGCGCGUUCUUCCUCCUCCUCCGAUCCCCGAGACGGGUCGGUCCUCUUGCGGGCCCCCCACCGCCCCGAUCUGGGCUCCUUCCGAAAGGAGACCGUCGUGGAAGCCAUCGACUUAUCCCUGGACGGGCUGCUGUACCCGCAAAGCAGCGACGACGACGAGGAAAAGGAAGAGGAGGAGGAAGAGGAGCCCAAGGCGUACCUCCCGGAGGAGGAGGAGGCGGAGGGCGCGCAGGGCGCCUCCUCCCCGACCCGCGGCUCCGCAGCCGACAAGGAUGCCCUGGACCGGGUCCUAGACACUUUCCUGGCCCCCGCGGACAGCCCCCCGGCCGCCUGGCCCAUCUUCGCCUCGGAGAUCCCGGAGCUGAUGAACCACCGGCGGCCCCCCGACGGCAAAGCCGGCACCACGUCCUGCGGCCCGGCCGCCCUGCCACCGCCUCCUCCGCCCUGGAAGGCGGCGAAGGACGCGGACGGCGCCGUCUACAAGAGCCCCGCGGGCAAGGGGGCCGCGCCCGCCGACGCCUGCGAGGGCCAGCCGGGGCUGGACGCGGAGGGGGCGGCCGCCGCCAGUAACAGCAGCCUGGGUCCGGGGGCGCCGUCCGCGCCCGCGGAGCUCCUCAACGUGCCGCCGCUGCUGCCGCUCAACUCGGCCUACCUGGCGGCCCGCACGCGACAGCUGCUCGACGGGGAGGAGGAGUUCGAGCGCGGCGGCGGCGCCUUCGGCGGGCCCCCCCAGGCGCGCCUGCUGCCCUCGCCGCCCGAGCUGGCCCACUACCUGUGCGCGCCCAACGCGGGCGACUUCCAGCCCGGCCUGCGCAUCAAGGAGGAGAGCCUGCCCGCGGCCGCCCCGCUGGCCCUCGCCCUGCCCUGCGUCGACUACGCGCAGCCCAAGCCCGCCGCCGGAGGCCCCCACGACGCCGCCGCCGCCUCGCUCGAGGCCGUCCUCUACAAAGCCGAGGCCGCCGCGGCCGCCUCCGCCGGUGGCUCGUACGGACCGGUGCCUUGCAAAGUCUCCGCCGGCUGCAUCGUGCCCAGGGACAGCCUCAGCCUGCCCUCCACCUCCAGCGCCGCGCCCCCGGCCUUGUACCCGCCGCUGGCCCUUCAGGGGCCGUCGCAGCUCGCCUUUCCGCCCGCAGGCCUGAAAGACUCCUUCCCGCAGCUCUACCCGCCUUAUCUCAGCUAUAUAAGGUCUGAUGCAGAAGCCGGCCAGAGCCCUCAGUAUACUUUUGAAUCAUUUUCUCAGAAGAUAUGCCUCAUUUGCGGUGAUGAGGCGUCAGGAUGCCACUAUGGAGUCCUUACCUGUGGAAGCUGCAAGGUCUUCUUUAAGAGAGCAAUGGAAGGACAGCAUAACUAUUUAUGUGCUGGGAGGAAUGACUGCAUAGUUGAUAAAAUCCGUCGGAAGAACUGUCCUGCGUGUCGCUUGAGGAAGUGCUGUCAAGCUGGCAUGGUACUUGGCGGUCGAAAGUUUAAGAAGUUUAAUAAAGUCAAAGUUCUGAGAACGUUAGAUGUUGUUGCACUCCAGCAGCCGGUAGCCCUUCCAAACGACAGCCAAGCACUCGCCCAGAGGCUCUCGUUCUCUCCACACCAAGAGAUCCAGUUUAUCCCUCCACUCGUCGGCAUCUUGCAGGGCAUCGAGCCAGAAGUGGUCUAUGCAGGUUACGACAAUACGCAGCCGGAAACUCCAAGUGCUCUACUCACCAGCCUCAAUCAGCUGUGCGAGAGGCAGCUUCUUUGUGUAGUCAAGUGGUCCAAGUCAUUACCAGGAUUCCGGAAUUUACAUAUCGAUGAUCAGAUAACCCUAAUCCAGUAUUCCUGGAUGAGCUUAAUGGUGUUUGCCAUGGGAUGGAGGUCUUACAAGCACGUCAGUGGUCAGAUGCUCUAUUUUGCACCCGAUUUAAUACUAAAUGAACAGAGGAUGAAGGAAUCAUCAUUCUAUUCUCAGUGCCUGUCCAUGUGGCAAAUCCCCCAGGAAUUUGUCAAGCUACAAGUUUCCCAGGAAGAGUUCCUCUGCAUGAAAGCCUUGCUCCUCCUCAGUACAAUUCCUUUGGAAGGUCUUCGAAGUCAAGCCCAGUUUGAGGAAAUGAGAUCGAGCUACAUCAGAGAGCUGGUCAAGGCGAUCGGGUUGCGGCAGAAGGGAGUGGUGGCCAGUUCACAGCGUUUCUACCAGCUUACAAGAUUGAUGGACUCCAUGCAUGAUCUUGUGAAGCAGCUACACCUCUACUGCUUGAACACAUUUCUCCAGUCCCGGGCACUGAGCGUUGAAUUUCCAGAAAUGAUGUCAGAAGUGAUCGCAGCCCAAUUGCCCAAGAUUCUGGCUGGAAUGGUGAAACCUCUCCUCUUUCACAAAAAGUGAAACAUCUUUUUGUCCUCUCUCUCAUUUGUAGAAAUUUUAAAAAUGUGCAUUUUUAAAAUUUAUUUGUGGGUUUUUUAACUAUUAUUUUUUUGGUUGGGAUUUUGCGGUGACAGAAUAUUGCAAUCUCUGUUCCACUUCAUGAACCUACCAUUUUAUGUCUGUAAACGCUGCACAGUGACCAUAUGGCAAACUUUUUGAUUCCUUUAAAACUUUUUUUUUAAAAAAAAUCACGACCAAUACUUGUCAUGAGAAAUGUUUUGUAAUAGGCCUGAUUAAAAUUAUCCUGAGGAAUACACAAGAGAUCAUUUCAAUUUUUUUUAAAGCAGGAAGGUACUUUGUACAUUUUUUUCCUUCGUAUUAUUCAUUUUUAAAUUUCUGCAGUGGGAAUGGAGUAAAGCUUUAGCUUUUAAUACAUUAUUUUUGUGUGUGGCUAUAUGUGUAUAUGUAUAUAAAUA